GACAGAGUAGCAGACGAUAAAAGUUGCAAGACUUUUCUCGUCUCUUGAGUUUUAGAACUUGGAAAAGCUCGGACAAUGGCUUUUAGAAAACUCUGUUUUCUGUUCAGUGCUCUCAUUUUGGGAGUCGGCGUUUUGAUAUCAUACUUGGAUUCAUCGUGUCCAUAUCUUGGGUUUAAAGAGUUGACCAAAACAGAUGUUGAUGUGGCGAUCUGUGUGCUGUCAGCGAGGGAAAACUUUGACCAGCGAGCUGCGAUACGAAAAUCUUGGAUGAAGGAAGUCACAGACGUUAACUCAGAAUAUCACAAAAGUGUUAUGGCCAAGUUUGUGGUGGGAAGUGUGGCGUGUCCAGUGCACAAACAAGACCGAGUGGACGCAGAGGGAUGUGAGAAAUGGACGCCGGUCUUGCCCACUGAAGAACAAAGAGAUGGUCUCUCUGCCUUUGUGCUGACUGAUGUACUCACCUCCAGAGGGCCGGUCUCACCUGUCACGUCUGUCUACUUCAAAGUACUCCAUGAUGUAACUGUUGAGAGAAUUGGUUUGUCUGGAUUACUUCCCCUGCCCGACACAUCCUGGGGCCGUGUGCUGGAGGCUGUGAUGUAUGACGCUGUGUCUGACGAGGAAGUGAGCCGAGUGUCAUUCCGGCCAGAGCAUCCUGGGAAGUCUCACAAGGGAUAUAACUACCGUUCUGUCCCAGCGCUGAUGCUGCCUAAGGUAGGACUGCUAUCUAUGCUGGCCUAAGGGAACACAGCUGAACGCACGCCUCUGGGUGUCCUUUGUCCUGACUCAC